UGAGAUGGGAGACCAGAUCCCUACCCUUGGGUUGGAACAGCCGGUCCCAGGCCCAGAGGAUCUGGAAAUCAGGGGCCAGAAACGCCUGGUGAGUAAACACGGCCAGUUUUACGUGAAUCUAGACAAAAUCAGUUUUCUGGAGAAACUAAGAAAAUAUAUUGGCGAUGGAUUCACUACGUUUCUGGACAUCAAGUGGCGCUGGACUCUGCUCACCUUCUGUAUGGGAUAUUUGCUAACCUGGAUAAGCUUCGCCUGUUAUUACUUCGCCUUCGGCCACGUUCACGGGGAUAUCGUUGAUGAGGGUCACCCCGGGAACUUUACCCCGUGUGUAGCCAAUGUUCACUCCUUCACGACGGCCGUUCUCUUCUCUGUGGAGUCUCAGCACACCAUUGGUUACGGCUACCGAGCAGUCACAGACGAGUGUCCCCACAUCAUCAUGGCUGUCUUCUUCCAGUUCAUCAUCGGGCUUGGCGUCCAGUGUCUUAUAGCAGGUCUGGUCUUUGCUAAACUCCAGCGAGCCAAAAAACGCUCGGAGACCGUCCUGUUUAGCAGUCUGGCAUGUGUCUGUUACUUCAAUGGUAAACUCCGACUGUCCAUCCGCGUGGGCAAUCUUCGACCUUCUCAUCUGCUGGAAGUGACCGCCAUGGGAAUGUUGGUGAAGAAAAAGACAACUGACGAAGGGGACGAAAUUCCUUUCCACCAAGAGUUCCUAGACUUCAGAUCUGAGAGUGACGGUGACAACAUAAAUUUGCUUUGGCCAGCUGUCCUCUAUCACACUGUAGACGAGAACAGUCCGCUGAAGAAUGUGAGCUCGAGAGCGGUUCUGGCGAGGUACUCAGAGCUCGUGGUUGUGUUAGAAGGUGUAGUCGACUCGACAAGCCGGACAUUUCAGGCUAGGACAUCGUAUUUACCCGCUGAAAUCCUUUACGGUUAUAGAUUUAAAUCGAUUUCCCCUCGGCUGCGAUAUGAUGGUCUGUACCAGAUCAGUUAUUUUGAUUUUAACGCCAUUGCUCCCGCCCACGUGAGACGUGAAGUAGAUCGUGAUCUGUCCAGGCAGCUUGCGCUGGAAUCGCGUUCUUCGCAAACCAGGAAUAGACUCAGCAGUGCUUCUGCCAGACUGGAGAAGAUGGCUGUAGUCGAUCAAUCAGACGACCUUUUAGAGGAGCAGGUAUCCUUUGACCGCAGUGAUUCCACCAGUGAGAGUGGCUUUACUUCAAGCGGCGGUAGACAUGACUUUGAAAAUGGUUUAGCAGUCGGACGGAUGGACCUGCGGUCGGUGGCCGCAGGAAACACUGAUCCUAAUAACCAGGAUCCAUCUGGGAGGGACUGCGUUCGGGAUACAACCUUGUAAUCCAACCCUAAAACUUCAUAAAAUACAUUCCAGCUUUAAAUAAUUAAAAAAAAAACGUCCAUGAAUUAAAUACCAUUGUUUUUUUAUUACAUAUUUCAUAACAGUUUUAGCCGGUGAUUUAGUAUGGUGAUUUCUAGUUUUGCUGGGAUAACUUGCUCUAUAUGGGUAUAUAUAAAUGCUGGUGUAUUUAUGCAGUGAGGUUACUGGUGUAUAUAUACUAAUAACCUGAUACAAUUAAGAGAACUUUACAACUAAAAUGCUGCCAGAACGUUUUAUAGGAAAUAAGAGCGGUAGGCUGGUUUCCGUCCGUCUCUUUCAGAUGUCUUCAACUGGAGCUUUAGUAGAACUUAAAACGUCAGUCAAGUAUAUUUGUGUUAAGAACAAACCACAACAUUUCAUGGUCUUUGUUGCUGUAUAAUUCAAUAAACAUAUUAUGACGCCAAUAAGAAUGAAAAUGUUAUGAAAACUGAAAAUGCUAUGAAAACUAUUCUUUGGUUUAAAGAAAAAUGUCCUGUGUAUACAAAAGACAAAGUCCUGAUUAUUCAUCAUCCAUGAGGCCUAUAUCGUCAUGAGUACAGCGGUUACAUUGCGUGAUUAUACAGUUGGUGUGUUGUUCACUUGUGCCUGAUGUAACCAUGUAAUACACCAGGCGACAUACAUGCGGAUCAGUACAGGAUGUACAGGAUCUAAUUUACGAACAUGAUUGUACUUGUCUGUAUUUAAUGCUGUACCCAUUAAUGGCUUUGAAAUUUAGGGAAGGGACAGUUUCCGUAUUACAGAGCAGUGCGCCUGGGCUGAUAUCCGAUAAUUCACUCUACAAUAUCACUUUUUUGUAACUAUUCCACGGUUCCACAUAUUAUAAACCUCUAUAAUGUGGUAAUGUUUACACAAAUGUCUAUACAAGGAUGUUUUACAGAGGCUAUUCUCAAUUAUUGCUAAGCCCUUUUAAGUCUGUAUAGUGCAGUGAAUUCACGUACAUUAGCUUGAGUAUUUCAUCAUUCAAGGAGAAAACGACAGGCGUCCACACAUGUAGACAUCUCACCAUAGUUUGAUACAUGUGCACAUACAUGUACAUAUUAUAUUGAACACAGACAACAAGAAUUAAUUCACCCGCCGAGCAGCCUAUUGCCCUGACCCUGUUAGUUUCUCAAGUGAUGAACAACCGCCUAUAUUCACAUCUGAACAUGACUGUUUUAAAGGCAUCCUUCUAGGCCCUUUAUUCUCAAUUAUCUGCUUUUUUACAUUAAAGUAUAGACUUUAAAUUGCACUGUUAUUUUUAUAUCUGUCACAAUAAAUCGUUCCUAUCUGAAACGUGCUUGUGUCUGAUGCAUGUAUGAUUUCUACUUAUCUCUAAACCACCAAUUAUAUUAAGGUCUUUUUUCUUUUACAAAAAAAAAACUUCAAUAAACGUUUGAAGCACAUAUUGCUUUGUCAGCCUGAGUGUUUGAAUUACUGUAUAAUCCGCUGUAUAGAAAUAUCUUAGACUGAUGCUGCAGAGUUUUAGGUUUAGCUCUGAGUUAUUUGCCCAUUAUUGCUGUCUUAUAUGCCUAUUAGUAUUCAUCAUUCUUACCUUACUUAAAUUCUUUUUAAGUCGACAGUUUUAGUCUAAAUAAAUACAGCAAUAAUAUCCAUCGCAUAUAGUAUAAUGCCGGCAUCAACACGCUAUUAUAACGCCAGGGGUUUAGAGUAAAACAUGUUGAUUUAGUUUAGGAAUAUAGUAGAACUUGUAACACGAAGAACUUGUGACAUCUUUCCGUGGUUGUCCGAAGUUUAUCUUAGUUGUAGGUCCACACCAUCAGCAGUGUGAGAAUAAGCUGUCCGUUGUCCGUUGAAAUCUGCACUUAUAAACAUGUUAAGAUGUGAAUACCAGAUACGCACAGUUACAUCAGCCCUAUAGGCAAAACUAAAAGUAUAUCUAGACAGCGUCACUGCAGGAUGUGUCCGUGUACAAUAAACUAAGCCAGUGAGCAUGUCAACAAGGUUAAAGGUCAUCUAUUUAAAUCCUGCUUUAGCACGUUUCACUGUGGUGCUUAUAGACUCGCCUUAUUUAUGUUCUCGUUGUAGUACGUAGUA